UACCUCGAACUUGCCAGAAUAUUAGGAAACAGGAAAACAGAGGCAAACUUAUGUUGUAUACUUGGCGAGAUCUACCACACUGUUAAUGAAGAUUUCCACAAAGCCAUAGAGUACCAUGAACGACACCUCAAAAUUUCGAAAGAAGAGAGAGACAGAGCAGAAGAGGGAAGAGCAUACAGUAAUCUUGGCAACACCUGCGACAGUCUUGGAGAUUUUCAGAAAGCCUUAGAGCACCAUGAACGACACCUCAAAAUUUCGAAAGAAGUGGGAGACAGGACAGGAGAAGGAAAAGCGCAUAGUAAUCUUGGCAGGGCAUAUUACAAUCUUGGAGAUUUCCGGAAAGCCAUGGAGUACUAUGAACGACACCUCAAAAUUUCGAAAGAAGUGGAAGACAAGGCAGAAGAAGGGCAAGCGUACGGUGAUCUUGGCAACGUCUACCAAAGUCUUGGGGAUUUUCAAAAAGCCAAGGAGUACCACGAACGACACCUCCAAAUUUCGAAAGAAGUGGGAAACAGGGAAGGAGAAGGAGUAGCGUAUGGUCAUCUUGGCAGGGCCUAUUACAGACUUGGAGAUUUUCAGAAAGCCAUUGAGUACCAUGAACGUAACCUCAAAAUUUCGAAAGAAGUGGGAAAGAAGACAGGAGAAGGAAAAUCGUACUGUAAUCUUGGCAACGUCUAUUUCAGUCUUGGAGAUUUUCAGAAAGCCAUAGAGUUCCAUGAACGACACCUCAAAAUUUCGAAAGAAGUGGGAGACAGGGCAGGAGAAGGAAAGGCGAACUGUAAUCUUGGCAACGCCUAUUACUGUCUAGGAGAUUUCCAGAAAGCCGUAGAGUACCAUGAACGACACCUCAAAAUUUCAAAAGAAGUGGGAAACAAGGCAGGAGAAGGAAAAGCGUAUGGUAAUCUUGGCAAUGACUAUUCCAAUCUUCAAGACUUCCCGAAAUCCAUGGAGUACCUUAAACGACAACUCAAAAUUUCAAAAGAAGUGGGAGACAAGGCAGACAAAGCAACAGCGUACUGUAAUCUUGGCAACGCCUAUCACAGUCUUGGAGAUUUCGAGAAGGCCAUAGAGAACUCUGAACGACACCUCAAAAUUUCGAAAGAAGUAGGUGACAGGGCAGGAGAAGGAAGAGCGUAUGGUAAUCUUGGGAACGUCUAUUACAGUCUAGGAGAUUUUCAGAAAGCCAUAGAGCACUGGGAACUAGACCUCAAAAUUUCGAGAGAAGUGGGAGACAGGGCAGGAGAAGGAAGAGCGUACUGUAAUCUUGGCAUCGGCUAUGGCAAUCUUGGAGAUUCCCAGAGAGCCAUAGAGUACCAAGAACGACACCUCAAAGUUUCGAAAGAAGUGGGAAACAGGGCAGGAGAAGGAAUAGCGUACGGUAAUCUUGGCAACGCCUAUCACAGUCUUGGAGAUUUUCAGAAAGCCAUUGACUUUUAUAAGAGCUGUACUGUAGUGUUUGACCAUAUCAGGGGAAAGCUCAUAACCAAUGACGAAUGGAAGAUAAGCCUAAGAAGUACGUAUGAUGCUAGUUAUUCGAAUCUAUGGAAGCUGCAGUUUAAGCAAGGUAAAGUCGUCGAGGCACUUUUAACAGCUGAUCGUGGACGUGCACAAGCUUUAAACGAUCUCCUGGAGUUCAAGUAUGGGUUCAAAGAGUUAUUUCCAGAAAUAGGAACGCUAUCUGUAACGACAUCUGACAUUCUUUUAUACCUACCAUCAAAUACAGCUUUCAUAGGUAUCAACGAGGGAGGAAUAGUUCUCUGGGUGAACGAGAAAGGACAAGAAAUAAAAACUAGAAGAAGCGACAUCAAUAUCCCCGUCACAACCUAUUUUCAGUCUCUAUUGGAGACUGUACAUGAGGAAAUAGGUGUGAGAGCUGAUGUUAACUGUGAAGAUCGCUCAUUAAGGAACCCAAGCGAUAAAAAGCUAACAGAAGAAAAAUCCAGUAAGCCAAAGUCUCAGCAAUGUGUUGAGACAAAGUCAUUACAAACAUUGUAUAAUGUUGUUAUAGACCCUAUAAGAGACUUACUCCAUAGCGAUGAGUUGGUUAUUGUUCCACAAGGACCUCUGUGUUUGGCGCCUUAUGCUGCUUUCAUGGACUUGAAAUCCAAGUACCUCUGCGAAACUUUUAAAAUUCGUCUGCUUCCCUCCCUUUCUAGUCUGCGAUUAAUCCAAAAUUGUCCAGCAGAUUGGCACAGCAAGACAGGCGCUCUUCUCGUCGGCGAUCCGUGGGUACAGGAGGUAGUUUAUGAAGGAAUAACGCCAGAGCAGUUAGAGUGGGCCGAAAAGGAAGUGCAGAUGAUUGGGGAAAUACUUCAAACUGAACCUCUCAUUGGAAAGCAGGCAACAAAAGGUGAAGUCUUAAAACGUAUCUCCUCGGUUGCUUUGGUGCACAUUGCUGCUCACGGUAAAAUGGAAACAGGGGAAAUUGCCUUGGCCCCAAACACAACACGUUCAUCCGUGAAUCCAGCCAGGGAGGACUAUCUCUUGACUAUGAAAGAUGUUUUAAAUGCGCAGAUUAGGGCAAGACUUGUGGUACUUAGUUGCUGUCAUAGUGCCUGGGGAGAGGUCAAAUCUGAGGGUGUGGUAGGCAUCGCACGGGCAUUUUUGGCUGCUGGUGCUCGUUCUGUUUUGGUGUCCUUGUGGGCGAUUGACGACGAGGCGACUAUGGAGUUCAUGAAACUUUUCUACCGCCAACUAGUCGAUAGACGAAGUGCCAGUGAGGCUCUGAAUGACGCCAUGAAAUCCAUGAGGAAAUCUGACCGCUUUAGUGCAGUGAAGUACUGGGCGCCGUUUGUUCUCAUGGGUGACGACGUGACGCUCGAGUUUGAAGGCAUCAAAUAA